UUGUAGUAAUCUAAAUUCAUUUAUAUAAAACAAGUAAUCUAAAAUUUGCUUAAGAAAAUUCCCGGCCCACUCUCAUCUAUACUCACAUAUCCCCUGCCGCCACCACCACUCUGUCACAGCCUCCCCCUCCUCCUGUCCCUGACCUAAGCCCCCUCUUUACCUUCAAGUUUCUGACAGACCAGUAAAUUAGAUAACAGUUUCUUUUUCAACGUUUAACAGAAUUGACUGAAAGAUGAGUGCUGGUGGUUUAAAGAAAAUGUUGGCUUCGGCCGUCGUAGUAGGGGUCACUGAAGCUCGAGCAAGAAUAUUUGGACAGAUACUCAACCCAACGGGACAGAGAUCAUCCCAUAAGAUCUUACGCAAAAAGCUCAUCGGGGACAAGGUUGCAGAAUGGUACCCGUACGACAUCAAGAACGAUGAUCCGCAUGUCAUGGCGCGUGAAGAAGAAGAGCGCUUAUCGAAGCUUGAAUCGUUGAAGAGACGUGGUAAGGGACCACCGAAGAAAGGCCAAGGAAGACGUGCCGCUAAACGCAACAAGUAGAGGUAAUCACAUGAGAUGGUUUUUGUUUUGACUUCAUAAAUGGCUGUUUCUUUAAUGCAGUUAGCCAUCUUGUUGGAAUAUGUUAGAAUUAAAAUCAAACCAAAUAUAUUUGAUUGUUUACUUGAACCAAAUUUAAAUUGAACUUAACAAACACCUAAUUGAAUACUAUGGAUUUGAAUUGAUAA